AUGAAUUUCAAAAGUCUUCUUUUGUCCUUCUUCCUGGUCUUCGCGGUUGGACUCGCUCUGGUCCACGCUGAGGAGACUAAGGAGCCACGAGGCCCAAAAAUCACAAGCAAGGUUUUCUUUGAUAUUGAGCAUGGAGACAAGCCCUUAGGAAGAAUUGUGCUUGGAUUGUACGGCAAGACCGUCCCUAAGACAGCUGAGAACUUCCGCGCUCUCGCUACCGGUGAGAAGGGCUUCGGUUAUGAGGGCUCUACCUUCCACCGUGUCAUCAAGAGCUUCAUGAUCCAGGGCGGUGACUUCACCCGUGGUGAUGGUACCGGUGGAAAGUCGAUCUACGGCGAGAAAUUCGCGGAUGAGAACUUCAAACUUAGGCACACCCGCAAGGGCCUUCUGAGCAUGGCAAACGCUGGCAAGGAUACCAACGGCUCUCAGUUCUUCAUUACCACCGUUCCUACUCCAUGGCUCGAUGGUCGCCAUGUCGUCUUUGGUGAGGUUCUAGAGGGCUACGAGAUCGUGGAAAAGAUCGAAAAUGUGCCCAAGGGUCCUGGCGACAAGCCCGCAGAGACCGUCAAGAUCGUCAAGAGUGGAGAGAUCAAGGAUGAAUCCACCAAAGAACAAGAUCCAGCUGAUGGGCUCUACGAUGGAGAACCGUCAGAAAUAUCCACUCUGCCCGAGUCUUCCGCUUAUUCUCUUCGCAACGUUGCAUUCCUUUCCAUCGUCAUCGCUAUGGUUAUCAUGGCGGUGAAGAUCAGCAAGAAGAAGGCAAAGCAGUUCAAUGAGAAGAGCGAGGUCUAG